UCAGUCACUCCCUCAAAAUCCUUACUUCCAUGAAGAAGUGGCUAAACUAUAGCAUCCAUCAAGAGUUUCCCUGCAUUGUUGUAGACUUGGAUUGGACCUCAGGAGUGGUGUCCCACCAAACAAAGGCAAAACCAACCAUGUUUGCAUCAUAACGUGCUACUUUCAACAAGAAGGCAGCUCUGGGUCUAAGUCAUGACCUAGAACCUUUACCAUGGACUUGUGCACACACACACACACAUAUAUAGCCAUACAGAAGUGAGCUGAGAAGAAGUCAGGGCAACGUGUCUGAGUUUGACAGGAUCAGGUUUGAUCUGUCUUUGGAGAUGGUUGAUAACAUAGGCAGCCAUGGCCCUAAUUCGGAAGGCAACAAGUAUAAGAUUGCAGGUGGCGCUGCGAGUACCUCCUCGGGCGACGACAGAAGCCUCAAAGAGCAAGAUCGCCUCUUGCCGAUCGCCAACGUGGGCCGGAUCAUGAAGCAAAUCCUACCCCCUAAUGCUAAGAUCUCCAAAGAAGCAAAAGAAACCAUGCAAGAAUGUGUAUCCGAGUUCAUUAGCUUUGUUACUGGUGAAGCAUCUGACAAGUGUCACAAGGAGAAACGGAAGACUGUGAAUGGAGAUGAUAUUUGUUGGGCUCUGGGAACACUGGGCUUUGAUGACUAUGCUGAGCCCUUGAAAAGGUAUUUGCAUAGAUUUAGGGAAUUGGAAGGAGAGAAAGCUAACCAAGACAAGGGUAGCAACAUAGAAAAUAGGGAAGCACCAUCCUUCUUUGGAUGUGAUAAAACAAGGGAACAACCUUUGUCUUCUACUCCUUUGGAUUUCAAUGUGUUUGAGAAGAGUAAUAGCUCUAUGUCAAGGCCAUUUUGACAUCUUGGGAAGAAAUGAAGAAGCAUGGCAACAUCUAGUCCUAUUUAUGAUGAUGUUGAUGAAGGUUAUUCAAUAUAUAUUAUGAGUGCUUUUCAUUUGUAGGUUAGGAAUAUUUGUUUUUGAUAUAUUGAUUUACUAGUUGUUAGCUUGAAAAAUAUGGAUAAUUUCAUGUUAAUCAUUUGGUUGUGGAAAGGAACUUUGUAGAAGGAAAUAACCCAUCUAUUUUAUCUUGGCCUGCCUUUGUGAAUUGAACCAUGAAGAUUUAAGGCUUUGAUUUA